CUACCCCUCCCCUAUAAAGACCUGCACAAGGCAGCUGUCCUCUUAGCACCAGCAGCAGCAGUCAGCAGCCCACUCCGCUAUGCUGUCUCAGCGCUACCCUCUCCUCUUCUGCAUGCUUGUCCUGUCUGUGGAGUUCUCCAGAAGCAAAGAGGAGUCAGUGAUGGAGAAGACCUCUCUGCAGGUGGAGAGCUCCCUGGCAGCAGAAAGUGAGGAGCAGGACUGUCCGGUGUGCAUGUGGAGGAAGCACAGCAAGGAGAUGAGGCUGGAGAGCAUCAAAUCUCAGAUCCUGAGCAAACUCAGGCUAAAGGAAGCCCCAAAUAUCACACGGGAGGUUGUCAACCAGCUGCUGCCAAAGGCACCCCCUCUGCAGCAGAUCCUGGAUCAGCAUGAGUUCCAAGGUGACUCCUUUCAGCAUAAUGCUUUUGUGGAAGAGGAUGAGUAUCAUGCCACCACGGAGACUGUCAUCAGCAUGGCACAGGAGAGUGAGUACCUCUUCCCUCUAUUUCAUGCAGAGUGA